AUGUGUGGAGCGGAACGACAGACAGACAGACAGAUAGACAGAGACAGACUCAACAUACCGACCGUAUACCUCGUAAAUGGCUAUGGCCGAUACUCACGUAACGCGCAUGUGUUAAUUGAACCCAUUUUCUCGAUUAAAUGUUUUUCCGUACAGCUCUAUGAUCGCGAACGAGCUCGCAUGAAAAACACCAAUCCCCGUGAUGACAGCCAGAUUCGACGAUAUCGAACUGCUUUUUCGCGAGAGCAGAUCGGCCGACUAGAGCGCGAAUUCGCAAAGGAGAAUUACGUGUCACGAAAGACGAGGGGAGAGCUGGCUGCAGAGUUGAACUUACCAGAAGGAACUAUCAAGGUAAAAUGGGAAUCCGCUCUUAUUUCUUACCUUUACAAAAAUUUCCUAAAAUACACGCCAAUUUGUCACUGGCUUACUCCCAACUUUUAAGU